AUGACUACUCGUUACCGUGUCGAAUGCCUCCUCGCAGUUCCUUUCGUUCUUUACUCUCAACCCACCGGUGUCUUUGGAGAUGGUCCUAGCGUUGCUCAGAUGGCCGACGAGUCUCACCGCCGUUAUGCAGAGAUUAUGCGUGAUGUCGAGCUCAUGAUUGAUGACCAUAUCGCCCGCCAGCAGGGCAACAACCUGCUCCCGUCCAAAUUACGGAUGCUGGUGCCCACAGCCGGCCCCUUCUUUACCCGUCUCCCGCUUGAGGCAGCCUUCAAGUACCAGGAUAGGAAGCGGUACAUCUCGUCAAGGAGAUUUGUCGCCCCUUCAUUCAACGAUGUCCGCCAAAUCCUAAACUCGGCCCAGGUCAUGGCUGUGACCAACGGCGCCCUCCAACUUGCCACGUUUGAUGGUGACGUUACUCUGUACGACGAUGGGUGCAGUCUCGAGCCGUCCAGCCCCGUAAUUCCCCGUCUCCUCGACCUCCUCCGCAAGAAUAUCAAGAUUGGCAUCGUCACAGCUGCCGGGUACACUUCCGCUGACCGCUAUUACGAGCGCCUCCACGGUCUACUUGACGCCAUUGCGGAGUCAACUGACUUGGAUCCGAUCCAAAAACAGAACAUUAUCAUCAUGGGAGGCGAGGCAAACUAUCUGUUUGAGUACUCUCCCUCGUCUCCUUACCGGCUUGCUCCCGUUCCUCGGGAGGAAUGGCUGACUCCCGAGAUGGCCUCCUGGUCGGAUGCGGAUAUUACGACCCUGUUGGAUGUCGCAGAGUCUGCCCUUCGUGACUGUGUCAAGACUAUGAACUUGCCAGCCCUGAUUAUGCGCAAGGAUCGGGCUGUCGGCAUCAUCCCCAAGACACCCGAAAGCCGCAUCGCCCGUGAGAGUCUCGAAGAGACUGUGCUUGUUGUCCAACGGAUUCUCGAGCUCAGCAGCCUCGGAUCCACCGAUGAACAUCCAGCCAAGCCGCGUCCUUCCUCUUCGCCACCCCUGCCGCCCUCGGUCGUGAGUCAAUCUCGGCGAGUGCCGUUCUGCGCCUUCAACGGCGGACGGGAUGUGUUUGUCGACAUUGGCGACAAGAGCUGGGGCGUCACAGUGUGCCAACAGUGGUUCGGAAGCAGGGAGAGCGGAGGAGUCAUCCGCGGCGAGAAUACGCUGCACGUAGGCGAUCAAUUCUUGAGCGCUGGCUCCAAUGACUUCAAGGCUCGGAGCGUUGGUACGACGGCCUGGAUUGCGAGUCCGGCUGAGACGGUGGAGCUAUUGGAUGAGCUUGCUGAUCUGAUGCAGAAGAAGCUAUCUUGA